CCCCCCCCACAAGCAAUUUGCAAACGGGAGUGUAAAAUAUGUACACAGAGCCGGCCCUUCUACUAGGAACUGUGCCUAGGGCCCCCAAAAGUCUAGGAACUGUUCUGUAUGUAAGGCUGCUAUUGACUAUUGCGCAGACCUGUCCUAGCAGGGUUGGGGUUAUUUCCUUUUUAGUUCUGUAAAUGCAGGCCAGUAGCUCCAUAGAGCCAUGCACAAUUGGCAAUGGUUAAUAUCUGAAGCACAUUUUGUCCUCUGACGAGCAUAUUUGGAAAUUAAGAAAUUUGAUUGACUUCCCCCGUAUUUUAGCCUGACAAGGUAAACGCUAUGUUUGACCACAUCUAACUAACAACGUAUUAUGAUGAAAAUUAGGUGGUUUGAAGUGUAGAUACUAAGUUAACAGCUGUUAGAGAAAGAACUGGCCAGCUGUGAAGUCAUUGCAGAAAAGGGGCCUUCUUAAUUGGGCAGAUACCGCAAUAUGACAUGGUAGACAGCAACUUUAAGGACAGUAGCUCUACACAAAAAUUGAUAUCAUAAAUAUGAAACGUAUGAAAACUCUUGAAUUGAGAAUUAUAACAAAAUUAAGAAAUGUAUACAUUGUGGCAUUUCACAAUUGUUUUUUUCAAUCAUCUAUUUAUUUAAUUUAGUCAGAAUAAUUCCUUCCAUGUUAACCAGGAUGACGCCUUGAAGUUUUAGUGCAGUAAAUUCAUAAUUAGGAAAAUCUUGGACUCACGCCUAAAUAUCGACGUCACUGUUCUGAUGUUUUGCUUGAGACUUUCCAGAAAGUGAAAACGUGCUCUUUAAGGUUUACAAUAUCUGUAUUUUGCUAAUCUUUUAGGGUCUGUUUUGAGACCGUCAAUCAUCAUUAUAGGCUACUACAAUGCCCGGUCACAUUAUCCUUGUUUUGGAAAGGCCAUUUGUGUUAAUUGAACACAUAUUACAUGCUAAAGCUUAGUUACAAGCCGUCCAGCCCCCCCAACUGCUUCUUCCGCGAAACGGUUCCGUUAAGUCGAGGAGAUUCAGAACUUCAGACCAUAUGCCAUUUGUGGUAGCGACGAACGGCGCACUCUCGUGAUAUGUUAGUUCACUCUAUCCAUACACCAGCAGGGGAAUAAACUGUUCAUAUUUUUGGAUUAAAAGCCAAGAUCGCUCCGAAAGCCUCAUAAUAAAAAUGAAUAAUGAUGACUACAAACUUCACAUUGCCAAGAACUUUGAGGAGAGCCGGGAGUUUGGUCUCCCCGAAAACAGUCCGUAUAGUGAUUUUGGGACAAGCAGCCGUCGGUAAGACAGCAUUGACUGUCCGAUUCAUUACCAAGAGAUUCAUUGGCGAGUACGACCCGACCCUCGAAACAAUUUACAGACAUGACCUGUCUGUAGGUGGAGACAUGGUUCGUUUUGAAAUCCUCGAUACAGCCGGGCAGGAGGAGGAUGCUCUGCUGAUUGAGGAGAAGAUUAAGUGGGGUGAUGGCUUCGUCAUUGUGUACUCGGUGACAGACAGGUGUAGCUUCAACGAGGUCAUGCGGCUGUGUUUCCUGGUCAACCACGUUCACUCCGCAGCCAGAAAGGGCAAUGCGGAGCCUCCGCCCAUCGUCAUUGUUGCCAACAAGAAGGACCUGGAGUUUGACCGCAUGGUGACCACAGAAGAUGGGGAGAACCUAUCCAAAGGCCUGAAACUGCGGUUCCACGAGGUUUCUGCUCGGGAAGGCUGUGACGAGACAGCGGCAGUGUUCCACGCACUCUGCAGGGACAUGGUCCACCUGCUCAGCUCCUCUCCCACCUCCUUCAGGAGGCGGGCCAUCUCCAAGCUGAUGGAAAAAAUCCCCCGGAUCCAUUCCAGUACCACGCUGGGCUCCGCCACCGCUUUGGGCCCCACCUCCAUGUUGGGUCCUACCGCUGUGCUGAGCUCCAGCUCCAUGUUGGGCCCCACCUCUGUGCUAAACUCCACCCCCAUGUUGGGCCCUACCGCUGUGCUGAGCUCCAGCUCCAUGUUGGGCCCCACCUCUGUGCUGAACUCCACCUCCAUGUUGGGCCCCACCUCUGUGCUGAGCUCCAGCUCCAUGCUGGGCCCUACCUCUGUGCUGAGCUCCAGCUCUGUGCUGGGCCCCUCUGGUCACAGGUUCAGCUUCAGCUCCUUCAGAGACUUCCCACAGGAUUGAAAGCAAAGGCCAUGCAUUUGGAAUACAGGAGCACUCAAUGACAGGAAGAAACCAUUGAGUUAUAUAAGCUGCUCAUCGAACGCUUUGCUCUUCACUCUCAGGCCUGACACUGCUAAAGAAAGAAAUUUCUUUGUGUCAGGAAAAUGAACUCAUUUGCAGUGCAGUUCACUCCCACAUGAACUGUUUUCUACAGUGAGUUAAUUCAAUAAUGUCAAAUCAAAUCACAUCUCUAUCAUCCCCCAUCGAAUAUUGCAAUGGAUAUGGUUACAACGGCAGAAAAAGGCACUGAAGGACUCACUUUUUUAAAAUGCCAUUUAAUUUUAUCGUUCUUUUGUCACAGAGAUUUUAAAGUGGAACCUUUGCUGCAUCUUCCUCGAUCAUAGACUUCCGUUUCAAAUGAAGCCUUGUUGAACUUGUCUGAUGGACUAAUCAAAUCUGCAAAAAGACACUGUUUGUAGAAUCAAAACAUGUUUCAUGGUAAGCAAAUGAAAGAGAAAUAUUUUAGAGUGAUCUGUCACUCUCUUCUCACUGCCACCCAAGAUAAUUUCAAUCUGACGGAGCAAAACUUGCAAACUGUUUGCAGAGCAAGAGAUAGCCUAUACAAGGGAAUUUGUUUGCAUUUAGAGGAUGUAAAGGUGCAACAUGAGCAGUCUGUGGCUCCUGAUUCUACAAGUGUUCAUUUUAAGGUGACGGUUGUAUUUAAAAAAUAAUUAUCUUGGGUUGUAAUGUACUGAUCCAUUUGAAUGACAUUUAUAUUAGUGUAUUAUGGAUCCCCUUGAAGUGACAUGCAUAAAAAAUGUUUGGACAAUCCUCUGAGCAAGAUAUUUUGAGCUGUACCAUGAGCAUGAGAUUACUUGAACAGGGUUACUCAUUUCCUGUUUGUAAGAUGCACGCAUCUUAACGUCAAAUUACAGCUUGCAUAGCUAUUGAGCAAUUUAUAAAAUUGUAUGUCUUAUUUUUUAGUCCUCAUGCCUCGGAUAUGUUAAAAUGAAUGGCAUUUCAAGUGGGUUUUUAAAAUCAAGAAAACCAUUUCACUAAAAAAGAUUAGUAAAUGUGACUUUACAUAUGAAGUGUAUCUGCAUUGCAGCAUCUGUUAGUGAUCAGUUAUUCUGGAAGACAGACUGCACUCAGUAUUAUGGCUAACAUUAGCUAUCCUAGCUUGAUUGGUUAGUACAUAAAUAAUGAUCUUAAAACCCUAGCUAGCUAAAUACAAAAAAUGAUUCAUUUUAUUUAUAACUCAACCAAGAAUUUGUUACUGUAGUUGUAGCUCAGCUAUCUCUGUGGUAUAUUCUUAUUAGCUUAUUAGAUAUUGUGGCUAAGUUGUUGAUGGAACAAUGCUUGUCUGGUUGCCUAGGCAAAUAAGCUGAUGUAGCAUUCUCAGCUGAAAAGCUGAAAACAUGCAUUGGCUAAUAUGUUUUCCUUGUAUGCAAAACCCAAAAUAUAUACAGGCCCUUUUGUAUGUAUGCCCUUCAUAAGCAUGCUUGCAAAUUUCUAAUGCUCUUCACACAAACAUUAGUCAGCAGACGUGCUAUGCAGACUUGGGUGUGACCCUCCUCCUGUCAAGUAUGUGUGACUUUGGACAAACCCUGCGUUUGUGACCCAGUAAUAGUGGAGGGAAUUUCGGGUUUGUGCAGGAGUGUGCUUUUUGGAUGCACAGUGCUCUUUAUAUGUUUAGAUUUGAGCUGCUCGGCGUUGUUGGCCCCAGACAUAGUCCUGUGCGAUUUACGGUGGCUGUUUUGUUAAAGUUAGAUUGAGAUUUAACCACAAGGUGAUUUAGUUUUUUAAUGCGUCACUAAAACUGUGUAUUUAUUAACCUCAUCAUGGUGGCCACCACAGGCCAUAAUGACACUCUGUCUUAGAGAAAGUAAAUAUGAGUCUUCUUGUAAUGUGAUCCCAAAUAAUAUGCGAGUUUAAUUUAAGUAAUUUGUGCAGUUUUGAUUGCAGUACAUAUUUCACAGACGGUUAAGUUAAUGUGGGUCUUUGAUGAUACAAAGAGAGCCUUUAAUGAGUCCCACUGGAACAAUUCAUAGUUAUUGAAACCAGAUAUCCCACCACACAGGUAGGUAUCCUUUGUAUAGAAGAGGCUUUGUGUAAAAUUGCUUUGAUGUAAGGAGCGUAACCUUCAGUAUAUCUUCUUCAGUUGUUUCAGACCAGUUCACUUACUGCUUGUGUAUACUUAUUUCUCCUUUAUCUACCAACUGCUUUCACUGAAAUGACUAAUAUAUUUUAAAAAGCAACUGGAAGAUAUUCUAUGAGAUAUAAGCUCAAUAUUAAAUAAUACUUCUAAUAUUGUUCAACUCUCUUAUACCAUGGUUCCAGACUUCCUCUCUCCUUGUGUAAAACAGGAAGAAGCAGAUUAUCAUUAUUUAUGCUUUUUUUCUUGUUUUGAGUGAGCUUUUCCUGUAAGUGCUUGGACUGUCUCACAAAUCUUCAGAUUGUGUGUCCUAGUGGAGGCCUGGGAGGAGCCAGGGGAAAAAUACCACGGACAGUGAUCCAGGGGCAGCUCCAAACAGGAAGCAAGAGUGCAGUUCCGGACUAUUUUAAUAUGAGCUCGGGAGAAGACCGCUACCACUCAGCUUCAGAGUUCUGAAUCAUCUCAAAGAUAGCAUGAGUUAGAGGGUGUUUUUAUACGAAGUCUGUAAACUGAUAAAAAUUGAAUCCUGUUACUGCAGUUGGUCUGGAUGGCAUUGGUCGAUAUUGCAGUGUUUUUUUUUUUUGUUUUUUUUUACAUGUUAGGUUGCUAUCGGCAAUUGUGCUUUUAUUGCAUUUUAUUUAUUCAUUUUUUUAUCUGAUGACGUGAGAAAAUUAAACUUGUUCACCAGCUGCA